AUGCGCAGCUUGAUUGCAGCUUUGGAGCAUUUGCAGCGAGUGAAAAUUCUAACCAUCAAGGACUGCAGUGAUAUCACGUCGCUGCCCGUGUCUCUUCCCCGCCUGCCUGCACUCACCAACCUCAACCUUGCCAUAAGACAACUCUCAUUGCUGCCCGAAGAUUUCGGGCAGCUGUCAACGCUUCGGACGCUCGCCUUAAAUCUGGAAAGUCUCACAGCCGAUUUCGGGCAGCUGGUUUCGUUGGAGAAGCUGUGCAUGAAGCGCCUUCCGCUGCUCACGCAUCUGCCCGAAUCCUUUGGACAGCUGGCAGUUCUUCGAGAGGUAAAACUUUUGGAGUGUGGGCAACUGCAGCAACUCCCGGACUCCCUAUCCCAGCUAUCUUCUCUUGAGCGCCUGGAGAUCAACAUUUGCCCGCGCCUCACGAUGCUGCCAGACGACAUGGGAAAGGGUCUGCACUCCUUGCGCCAACUGCUGCUACUGGACUGCACCGCUCUCACCCACCUCCCUCCAUCUUUCUCCUGCCUGACCUCUCUCGAAACCCUCAAGAUUGAACGCGCACAGCGCUUCAGGGGCACGCUGCUAGAUGGCUUUGGCAGCUUGAAAAGCCUCAAGAAGCUGUCGCUCGACUCUAUGCCGCGGCUAUCCGCGCUCCCUGCCUCCUUCUCGGGCGUUGAUUCCCUCACCAGCUUGGAAGUGGGAAACUGCCCCAAAGUAACGGUCCUGCCUGAGGGGAUUGGACGGGUGGAUGCUCUCGAGGAGGUCAGGAUCUUCAAAAUGGACGGCCUGAUAGGUCUCCCUCCGUCGCUUCUUGACCUGCCCCGUCUGCGGGCUUUGGAGGUGCGGGCAUGUGAUGGGUUAAGUGAAGUGCUAGGUGAUGAGAGGAUGCUUAGACGUACCGCCAGGGGUUUUGUGACCGGCACCGGUAGCACCAGGCGCAGCAGCAGCAGGCCCUUGCUUCCUUCCAUUCAGAGCCUCAAGAUUAAAGAGCUCAAUGUUGAGUCGUUUGGACCAUCCCUCGGUCGCCUCUCCUCUCUGACGCAGUUGGAGCUCCUGGAAAUGAACAAGCUUGAAUCUCUUCCUGAUUCCAUCUCUCAACUCUCUCAGCUGCAAAGGCUUAAGGUUGAUUGGUCUUCUAGUCUGAAAACACUGCCCGAGACCCUUGGAGGGCUGGCAGGGCUGCGUGUCUUGCAGCUGGUUUACCUCUCGAGAAUGCGACAGCUGCCCGAGUCUCUCGGGCAGCUGAAAAUGCUCGAGACACUGGAGAUUAUUGAUUGCUUCAAGCUGAUGCAGCUUCCAGCGUCAUUUGUGAAUCUACCCAAGCUACGAACCUGCUCUCUCAUCAUGCUUGGGAUCUCAACCAUUCCUGAUGAUAUCUUUAAGCUGUCUUCCCUCCAGAAGUUGCUGAUUCGGGGACUGAAGCAGUUGCGAAGCUUGCCGGAUUCGUUUAUUCGGCUGCCUAGGCUUGAGGAUCUGGAGGUGUGUGCGUGCAAGAAGCUGACUCGCCUGCCCUCCUCUCUUCGAAAAAUGCCGUCGUUGCGGGAGUGCCACAUCAGUGAAUGCCCUUUGCUGCCCAGGCGAGACACGAGGGGAGUUCCUGCUAGGAGAGAGGAGGGAGAGGAGGGGGAGGGGGAGGAGGAGGAGGGGGAGGAGUGGGAGGGGGAGGAGCGGGAGGGGGAGGAGGAGGAGGGGGAGCGAGGGGACGCGGAAAGGGAAGAGGCGGGCGGGGAGGCAUCGGAGGAGGAGAGUGGUGGAGAGAAUGAGGAGACUGAUGGUGAAGAGGAUGAGAGUGGUGGAGAGGAUGAGGAGAGUGGCGGUGAGGAUGAGGAGAGUGGUGGAGAGGAUGAGGAGAGUGGUGGAGAGGAUGAGGAGAGUGGUGGUGAGGAUGAGGAUAUUGAGCAUGAGUAUGCAUUGGGGAGUGACUAUGAGAUGGGUGAUGGCGGAGGCUGGGGGGAGAGUGAUGAGGAUGACUAG